GUUGGAGGCUGCGGCGCGGAGCGCAGGGCUGCUGCGGCGGGCAGGUUGCUCUCGUUCUGGCUCGGGAGCUGACCACGUUCGGAGGCCACCGCUGCGCGGGGAGCAGGCGGGAGCUGCCCGCGCCGCCCUGGUCCCGCGGGACGAUGCGCUGAGGCAGGAGCUUCGCCGGACCAUGGCUGGCCACCACCUCUGCCGGGGCUCGCGGGGACACCGCCGACGCACGACCGCAUUACCAUGGUGAUGAUCUUAACCAAAACUCGGGAAAGCAAAGGUGCUGACUCUGUAACACGCAGGACUGAGCUGCACACUCCAAAGAUGAGUCAAGGACCUACCCUCUUCUCUUGUGGAAUUAUGGAAAAUGACAGAUGGAGAGAUCUCAGCAGGAAGUGUCCACUUCAGAUCGAGCAGCCGAGCGCCCACAUCUGGGACUGCCUGGCCGAUAAAAGCGAGGAAGGCUCUCUCUGGCAACGGGAGGCAGCGAGCACGUGCUCGGUGACCAACCUGAUCAAGGACCUCAGCCUCAGCGACCACAACGGCAACCCAUCAGCACCCCCCAGCAAGCGCCAGUGUAGGUCCCUCUCUUUUUCAGACGAAAUGUCCAGCUGCAGGACGUCAUGGAGACCUCUAGGCUCCAAGGUUUGGACUCCGGUAGAAAAACGCCGGUGUUACAGCGGAGGAAGCGUACAGCGCUACUCGAAUGGCUUUACCACCAUGCAGAGGAGUUCAAGUUUUAGCCUACCUUCCAGGUCCAACACACUGUCCUCGUCCUGCGACGCUUCUGGAUUUAGCAGCAGGUUUGGGUGUCAGACGAGCCAAGGGAUGAGGAAGUCGGCUACCUGCGGACACGGAGGCGACGGCUGGGGCCGCGACCGUGGCUCGGGGGAGGGCGGCAGAGUCGACAUGCAGCGGUCGCUCUCCUGCUCCCACGAUCCCUUCUCCUCUUCGGAGUACUGUCCGCCCUCAGCGAGCAGCACGCCUGCCUCGACGCCGGAGCUGGCGAGGCGCUCCCACGGCCUCUCCCGAAGCCGAUCGCAGCCCUGUGUCCUCAACGACAAAAAGGUCGGAGUCAAGCGACGCAGGCCGGAGGAGGUUCAGGAGCAAAGGCCUUCACUGGACCUUGCCAAGAUGACCCAGAACCGUCAGACCUUCAACAGCCUGAGCUGCCUUAGCGCCGCGCCGGAGGACGGCGCCCGGCCGGAGCCCUUCUGCGCCGAGUCCCGGGCGGCGGUGACGGCGGCGGCGCGCUCCUCGGACGUGAUGCCGGGCCGGACACCCGCCUGCACGCCGGUGCCGGAGCCGCGGCGGCGCGCCGAGGACCGCGGCGCCGGCGGAGAGGAGCUCUCGGGCGAGGAGGCGGAGUACGGCGCCGCCGAGGACGAGGGCGGCGGGAAGGAGGACGCGCGGGCGCCCUGGCGGCGCGGCGGGACCGCGGGCGAGAGCGUCUUCCAGCUCGACGGAGAGAUAGAUAUCGAGCAGAUAGAAAACAACUGAGAAGGGAGCGUGUCGCUUCGGGGAGCAGAGCGUGGCGGAAACCUCCCGUGGGCUGUACCGUGCCGUCGGCGGUCUCUCCCGCCGGCUGAAGGGGACGAAGCAGCUUUGCCAAAAUUUUGCAAUUUUCUGCUUUGUCCGACUGUGAAGUGGUUCCACGUCGAGCGCCACGGGGUUACGUGACCCAAGUAAGCUGUCAAAAUGCUGAAAAUUCAGGUAGCAGCACUGAAAGCUUUCUCCUCUUCCUGUGCCUUCGCUAAGCACAGAUACAGCGGUGCCCGUGCUGUUUGUACGCUUUUAUGUCCUCCUGGGAAAAAUAAGCUGUGCGCUUGCUAGCAGGUUUAGAAGGACGCACGCUUUUUUUCCUGCCCCCGAUUCAAUUCUGGGGGAUUUUUUUUUUUUUUUUUUUUUUUUUUGCCUGUAGGAAAGCUGUACAAGUGGCUUUGGGCACCCGCGCUGCCGGGUCCCUGGGGCUCGUGGGUCACGUGCAGAGGUCCCCGACCGGGGCGAGGGAGAAAAACGCAGAGACACCAGCAACAGCUUGGGCGCGGGAAAGGGCUGGGGGGGUCCGGCACGUCCACCGGCAGGCGUCCGCGACCCCCUCCAGCGGGAGAGCUCAAACGCCACCGGUACAGAUUUUGUUAAUCGUUCCUGUUUCUGUUACGGCACUUUUUUCCGCGGCGGCGUGUGCCCUCUCGCACCUCGGGGAGCCGCCGCUGCCCAGCUUUACCCUGCGGCUCUGCUCGGACGCCGCUCGGCUCGGGACGCGGCCCGGCUGAGGCUCCGCGCUCGUGCCGCCCGCCGCGGCGAGUCUUCCCGGCGGCCGGCGCUCCCCGGCGGGCGCUCUCGGUCCCAAGGGCUUCUGCUUCCCCCCCCGGGGGCUGCCGCCGCGGCGCGCGGUUCAUGUUCAGCACAACCCGUUUGCCUUACGAAAGACGCUUCUCCUCGGAGGCAUGGCCUUAUACUGGGCACGGUCGCUUAGACACACACACUGCAGUUCGCUGCGAGUUUUUUUUUUUUUUUUUCAGGCCACAGUGGUGUUCUGGUGGGUAUUUUGUUGGUUUUGUACGCUUUUAUGUACUUACUUUCAGUUUAAGAAAGCCUUACUUUUUAAUUUCUCUCUGUAGAGGUAAAAACAUUUGUGGAUUUUUAUAUAUAUAUAAAUAUAUAUAUAAAUAAAAUAAUUAAAACUAUUAAAUAUAAACAUAGUAUGUGCCUCAGAUUCAGGGGACAUCCUGGCGAUUGUGAAGUUGGAGGUUGUGUUGCUCUUCGGCGCGUGAUGGAAGUUCAGCGAGACGCUGGCCUUACACGUACAGCGACACCAGCUGAAAAGCAGCAGCCCCGACGCCGGGGACUGCGGGCUUUUCCUUUUAAAGGACUCCCCCCUCUUGCACAGAUGCUCUGGAAACCCCCCCAGCUAUAUCAGCAGCAAUAAGAGUUCAUCAGUACAAUUCUUUUAAAAACGGCUUUUGAUGGGAACAGGCGCAGCACUGAUACCGGGUGCACAGGGAUCUUGCUGUGUACGUGCAGAUGUAGCUCUUUGAGCCGCUUCUAUGAAUGGCUACAUCUUCAAAAAAACAAAAAAAAAAAAGAAGUAUUUGUAAAAUAGAUGAUUGUAAUUUUUCACGUUAUAGCAUAGCCUAUUGGCCAAUAAAGUUGUGUUUCAAGUGCAUUGUUUAAAAGUUCCUGGCUGACCAGGACGACAGGCUUACAUAGGAGACCUUAGGACUGUAGCGGUGCUUUGCAGAGUUUGUUUUCAAUGGAUGUUUAAGAAUCAGAAAAAAAGAUGGCCAAAAAAAAAAAAAAAAGCCUUCCGAAGCGCUGACCUGUAGCAGCAAGGUCUCUCCCGCCGCUCGGUGCACGAGGGUGGCCGUGGGGCGAGGGUGGCCGCGGCCGGCGAGGGGACUGCUCGUUCGUACUCGCUCCGUGACUUGAUUGCACUAGAGCAGCUCGGUCUCAGGAAAUUGCUUGUUACUUUUUUACUGUGUAAAUAAAGCUUCCUGGUUCAGUACCCGGGCCGGG